AAAGACGUGCAAACAAGUAACAGGCAAUAGCUAACUGCAAAGUCGGUCGUGUUUUUUACAGGCUACAGGUUUCUGUUCGUGUUGCUUACAGAAUAGUAAAUUCUCGUGUGCUGUGCUCUUUUGCUUAUUCUUUCGUUGGUUAAUUUUACCUAGACAAUUAUUAUUCUUAUGACCAAAAAUUGUUGAUUUCGGUCUGUGACCAACGACAGCAUAUUUAACUUGUGUUUUGAAUAGUUCAAUUUGACACAGACAGACGAUACUUAUAAUAUAUUAUUUAAAAACGUUAUCGGUCAUGGAUUCGGAGAUACCUCAUCAUUUAGCGCUUGUUAUGGUCCACUCAUUGAUGAUAGAUGGUGGCGAUCCGAAAUUAAAAAAUGAUGUACUGCAACAUUUACUGGUGCUGACAGCUGAUAAACACAAAGAAAAUAAAAUGAUUGUUGAUAAUAUUGAUGAAUUACUGAAAGGUCUAUUCAAAGUUUUGGAAACCGAUACAACCAAUGCUAAAGCGGCCUGUUUGUGUUUGGUCAAUAUUUCGUCGAAAGAAAAUGGUCUGAAUAAAAUAAUGUCCUUUUUAAAUAGUAACAUCAGUUCAAAUGACUCGGGAAUCAUUUCAAAAAUAAUACGAUACAUUGAUCAAAGAACACCAGAGAUUGCAAAUGCAGUACUUAUGUUAUUAUGUAAUCUGACUCGUGACAAAAAUCAUGCCAUUCAAGUGUAUGAAGCAUUUGGAGAUAAAAUCACAAUAUUAGAAUCAUUUAUGAAGUUAUUCAUCACCCGAGAUGUAGAACAUGAAUCAAAUUAUAGUUAUAUUUCAUAUUUACUAUCCAAUUUAUGUCAGUUACAUGAAGUAAGAAUGUGGUUAAUGAAUAGUGAUAAUUUGCAAAAAUUGCUUCCAUUUUUAAACUUAAAUAAUUCACUUCGAAGAGCUGGUGUCAUCAUGACUUUAAAAAACUGUUGCUUUGAAUUAGAAAAGCAUGAAUGGUUAUUGAGUGAAGAUCUAGAUUUGUUACCUCGUCUUCUUUUACCACUAGCUGGCCCUGAGCAAUUUGAUGAAGAGGAUAAUGAAAAACUACCACUGGAUUUACAAUAUCUACCUGAUGAUAAAGAACGUGAACCAGAUUCAGAUUUACGCUUAGCUCUCUUGCAAGCUUUAACUCAGUUGAGCGCUAAAAGAAACUGCCGAGAAAUAAUCAGAGAUCAAGGAACUUAUCUCAUAUUAAGGGAAUUACACAAAUGGGAACCUAAUAUAGAGUUGAAAUUAGUAUGUGAAAAUCUAGUGGACAUUUUAAUCAAGACUGAAGAUGAAAUAGGAACUGAUAAUUUCCAUGACUUGGACGUUCCAGAAGAUUUAAUAGACAAAUUUAAGAAAAUGGAUGAAGCUUAUUUAAGUUAACAUUAAUUCCAAGAUGAUUUAAAUAUUGUAUUUUAAAAUUUAAAUUUUCUGAUUGGAUGUAUGGUUGUAUAUGUAAUGAUUAACAUAAUAUUUCUUAUUUUAUUUUAUUUUAAAUUCUUUAUUAUACAAAUGACAAAACUA